AUGGGUUCCUAGCUUCCAAAUGACAGUUUUCUACUACCACCUUUAUUGGUGUGUAUUUAUAGAGUUUUCUUGUACUGAUUUGUUGGUAGAGAUUGAUUUUAAGGUGGGUAUCUCCAGUUCUUUUACAGAGGAUUUUGGUACUGGUUAAUUUUGAGGGAAGAUUGACCUUUUUCCUGUUGUGUAGAUUUAACAGUGUUAGAGUCAGGUAAGUGGCCUUUUUGUGUUUUUGAGUUGCAUCACUGGACCACAUGUCAACUAUUUUAUAUUUCUAUUUAACUUUUGAUAAGACUUUAUUAGCCAAUUUGCAAUUUUUGAUCGUUCAACCACUUUUGCUCAUUUUACGAAAUUGAAACAUUCAGUUAGAAGAACCUGUUGUCAAUGGAUUCAACAACCUGCAGAUUUGAGGAAGUCUUCAGUCAUCUGAGUGCUAAUAAGUUCUUGUUUAGCUUGAGCCCAUUAAGAAUCUAUGAUUUUUAAUGGCCACACAUAACACUUCAGCACAUCGACCUGUUCACCAAGAUGGAAUGACCAUAACUUUCUGGCUUAGAGUUUUCCUCUUUACAUUAGAUGUCACUGUUGGUCUUGAUCUAUGUGGAAAUCCAUGACGGAGGUUAGAACCUCUUUGAUGUACUUCUACUGUUGUGAAUCCCUGGAAAGCAGGUCUCCGUAACAUCUAAUGAUCGCCAUUGUAUCUCGCAGCCUCUCUUGCUAUAGGUGUCUCAUAUGAAAAGUAUGACCAUUAUUUUCUUUCUAUACUCCAUAUUGUUGCAAACAAAGUGGCUCAUCAAUGUAAUGAAAUUCAUUUCUGACUGGAAGGUAACAACACUGACCCUGCGCUGAUGUCUCACUUGAAAUAUUCACCAAUCCAAGAGCCUUUCAGGAAAAAUUUCAAAAAAAAGAAGAAAAAAAAGGGUUUAGACUCAUGCCUCACUUGAAAAUAUUCAUAAAUUCCUAUGCAUAAUAAAAAAAGAGAUUCCUUUCUAGCUCCUUUUCAUCCUACUCCUUGCCUGAUAAACUGUAGAAAGAAGUUCCUUGCAACAGUCAUCUACUGAUCUGCUGUGCAAUAGAGUGCUACAAUAAGAAAAGUAAAAACAUCUAGAGAGGCUAAAAUAAAUUUAUUCAUACUCCGAACCCUCUCAAGAAGCUCUUUCAAAUAAUUGUAUGAAACCUGGCAAAACCAGUGUGGUCAAUCGGUACAACUUCUUUUGUGAUAUUUCAAAUGCAUGACUGUAAAAGAUUAGAAUUGGAAGGGUCUAUGUCUGAUGAAAUAGAAAUAAAGGACAUAACAACUGAAUCCAUGAUAACAAUGAAUGAAGGUAAUCUGGUUCAACAGGACUUUUGUUUUUUUUUAUUUUCUGUUGUAUAUCUUUAAUCCAGUAGUACGCAGAAUUGCAGACUGUAAAUGCCCAAAGUUGAAAAUGGAGGUCACCUGUAAUUAAUAUUCUGUGGAAGCAGAUCCAGUUAAGAGAGUGUGGGUCCGAAUGAUUGAGGAGAACAAAGAAUUAUCAAUACAGAGCUUAAUGUGUAACUGUUUUGAAGGUUGAAGUUCACAAGAUUCUAAUUUGUAUCCCUCUACAUCAGAAUUUACCCUAUGAUCAACAUGUGUUUUAUGAAUUAGUAUCUAGGACUUAGAGUUCGUCCUGGCAAUGGGCUGGACUGUCCAGCCUGGGUAAACUUGGGCCCAGGUCAGGCAGUUCAUGGCCCGACUGCCCAGCCCGGCCACAUAUAAAGGAAGGCCCCCAGCACAGCCUGGCUGGCCCUGCGAAUGGCUGGGUCCUAUACUAACAUGAGUUUUUCUGUUUGGUUACCUUAGCCACAUUGGGCACGUAUCAACAUACAUACCAUAUUCUUUUAGAUUGUUCUCUUGUCUAUCGGCCAUGAUUACAUAAUUUAGAGGCUUGACCUUCUUUUUUGUCUUUUAGUUGACAGAUGUGAACUUUGAAAAUGUCUGGAAUAUUUAGAAUAUUUAUGGAUUCAGCCAAUUAAGGUAUAAUUGAUUAUUUCUUGCUACUUGUCAUGAAAUGCAAUAUUAGUAAAACAUUGCUGGUUUUGGUUGUCUCUUCAUAAUAUAGGUGCCUCCCUGAAUGCUUUUCUUCAUGGCAUGAGAAAUCCGACGGUCCUUAUCUGUGUAAGACGUUGACAGGCGUACCUGUCUCCAUGUAACAUAGUCUGCGUCAGGGCCUGGGCCAGGUCUCUGGCCUGUCUGUCUGUACCAUGUCAGGGCUGACCUGGUGUGUUGCCAGGCCCACUUAGAGUAUGUGAAUUAUUUGGAGGACCUAGAAGAAUAUCUUGAGGAAACAAACUUAUGAUCAAUUGGAAGUUAACUUUAUCAGGGGAAAAAAAACUUACGAUUAAUCUUUGAGUUUAAAGAAAAACAAUAGAAGGAUCUCAAUAACAUUUCAUAUUUGACCACAUGCCUCAUCGAAAGAAAAAAUGGGACCCGUAUAUGCUUAUCUGAAUUUACUAUGGCUGUUGAAUGUUAGCCAUCUUAGUAACAAUUGGAAAUAUGUCUCAAGAUAUGUGCAGAUAUCAGUGAAUAUACACCAGAAAGAUCAUUUGAUUGCCUGGGGUUUGAGAUCCAGGAGAAUAUAGGUUGAAAAGAUAAGAAAGCAAGGGUUAUGAACCUUCUCCGAAUUUUAUAGUUACCCAGGUAAUAUGUCCCCCUCCAAAGCCUUGGGAACGUAUGCAGAGCUCAGCUGGACUGUCACCUUUUAAGCCUCCUGCUCCUGGCCGCACAGCUGAUGUUGUUGCGGCUUCUGGCACUGCUAAACCUGGAGUUCCAGUUGCUCAAUGGAAUCCUGUUAUGAAUGGAAAUCCUGCUGGAAGGCCUCAACCUAGUAGGGCUUGGGAGCAGAACAGAAACAAUUGUGAAUACGGAGCAAAUAUGAAUUACAAUCCUGGGUAUGGCCCUCCAUCACCCCCAAGCUUUUGGAUUUUCGUCCUUCGAGUGAUAUUGAUUGCUCAGGGGUACUGUAUGCUUAGCUUGCGAGGUUUGUAUUUAGGUUGCUCGGGAUUAGAACAAAACCAAGUAAGUUCAUUCAACCUGGACCCCAGGGAGCACUCCCUGGCCUCAAUGCUCAAGGAAACAACUCUUUUGGAGCAACAAAAUUCAACUCCAACUAUAAAGCACUUGAAAGUGUUUGGGAAAAUAACACGAAACGAAGUUGAUUUCGAAAUUUCAUUUUUAGCAGCUGUGGGUGGUGGGUUAAGAAGUAAGAAUCUUUCAGUGAAGUAUGGAUCCAUCCAAUGCUUGUCAACAAGAUGAGGUUCACUUACCACAAGGUGCUUUUAUGGGACUUGGAUUGGUAUCCUACAGAGAAAAGAGAAGCGAGGCGGUGCUUUUCUGGGCUUUGGAUUGGUAUCCUACAGAGUAAAGAGAUGCGAGGCGGUGCUUUUCUGGGACUUGGUCUUUUGUUGCUUUGAGGAGAGGAGUGGGUGAUGUGUGUUGGUAAAUUCUGUGUCAUGAAACUUGGUACUCAUAGUGACCCAUAGCUUUUCAUAUAGAGUAAUACAUUUUUUUAAAACUCUACUAGAAUAGGGAGAUCAACAUAUAAUUGAAGCUGCAUGUUGCUUGUCAAUAUUCAUUUUGUGAAAAAAUUCAUAUUCUUGAAGUGGCAGUUUGGUGGUCUCAAGCAUUUUGGUCCUGUUUGAUUCCUUGUUGAAGAUAUCAGUUAAGUGUCUUUCCACUCUCCAUCUGGUUUAAGUCCUUGAGUCACAAACCAGCUUUGAUCGCAAACGUCCCAUCUACUCAUUGUGAGGAUGGAUCAAGUGUUUGUGUAGUUUUGAGUAUGGAGCUCCUCUAGCAUGUGUGAUUCAGUCAACUUUUCAUCAGACAAUGUCCUUUGUUUUCUUGCACCCUCUAGGUUGUCCGCUCCGCCUACAAGCCCCUCCCCAUAUCGAUUGCUCCCUUAGAGGAUAACGAAGAAUACAAGAAACAUGUUUGAUGAUUUUGCCUCUCAUAGCUACAUUUGAAAGGCCGUUACCAUUUUUCUGUACAUAACUGAUUCAUUUCAAAUUCCCAUGGGGAGUAAUGGAAAACACAAGAAAAACAGUUUGAUCGGCAACCAAAGUUGAGCAUACUACGAUCUUCAUGUUUAAAUAGCCCCAUAUAUCAAGGGAGGAAGGGUAGUAGCCAAUAGUGAGAAGGGGCACCGUCCCAUCUGGAUGGGCAGAAUGGAUGAGAAAAAGGUGCCAUGGAGAGGUGCUUUGUCACCCAAGAGAAACAAAAAGAGCUGCCCGCCCCGCCCUCGGAAUGGUACUACAAGGCAAGUCGUCAAAGCGCCUCUUGAUAUAUGGUAUUUGUAAGUUAUGGCCGUACCAAUUUUAAAUAUUUUAAAUAUGACAAUUAUGGACUGGUCCCAAUUUAUGAAAAAUUUAUGUUGAG